AUGUCUGCUCCUCGAACGAAGCCCUGGGAGGUCUCCUCAGGCACCUCAGCAGCAGCAGCGUCCAACCCCUCUGCCUCGGCCGGCUCCGUGGCAGCCAGCAGUGGGAACGCAGUAACAGAUGUUUCGUCAGCUCAUGAGAUCCCUGACAGACCCAGCCUGUUGACCAAUCCAGGCACUGGGUAUGAUUCCACAAGCUCUUCAUACGGUACUGGCUUGGGUGGCUCCAGAUACGGCUCAGGCUACGGCUCGUCGAUGUACGGUGGAGGCUACGGUUCGUCUAUGUAUGGAGGAGGACUAGGGUCUUCCAUGUAUGGAGGAGGAUUAGGCUCUGGGAUGUAUGGAGGAUAUGGCGGUUAUGGGCUGUCGAUGUAUGGAGGCUACGGCGGUGGGUAUGGCGGCUACGGCUCGGGAAUGUACGGCUCAGGAUUUGGCGGUGGCAUGUAUGGCCAGAAUGGCAUGAACGGGCCGGGUGCCAUUGCUGAAGGAACACAAGCGACGUUUCAGCUUAUAGAGUCGAUUAUAGGUGCGGUUGGCGGGUUUGCGCAGAUGCUAGAGGCAACGUAUAUGGCCACGCAUUCGUCCUUCUUCACCAUGGUUUCCUUAGCCGAGCAGUUUGGCAACCUCAAAAACGCUUUGGGUUCCCUCUUGGGUAUUUUUGCCCUAAUCAAGUUUGCUAAAAAGAUCUUUUACAAGAUCACUGGCCGUGUUUACGACCACGGCAUCAGCGCCAAAGAAUUUACUAAAUUCGAAAAGAAACAAAAGAGAUUGGAGGAGAACUUCAGAAGAUCACAAUCUGGCAACAAGCCAUCACGCAUCUCCUUCAAGCCGUUACUUUUGUUCUUGGCAGCGUCUAUCGGGUUCCCAUAUUUACUCAGCAAAGCCAUCCAAAAACUCAACCAACAAAACCAGCAGACGCAACAGCGAAGACUACAGGAACAGGGCAUGGCUGCUGGCAAUCGUCGCCCGCUUGAUCCCGAGAACUUGGAAUUUGCCAAGGCAUUGUAUGAGUUCAACCCAGAAAACCCCAACAUCGAGAUCGAAUUGAAACCCAAGGAGUUGGUCGCCAUCUUGUCGAAAUUAGAUCCCUUGGGUAACGAGAGCAAAUGGUGGAAAGUCAGAUCCCGCUCUGGCAAAGUGGGCUACGUGCCACUGAAUUAUUUGAGCAUAAUCGAGAGGAGGGCGCCUCCCAAGAGGGUAGAAGCUGCUCCAGCCUCUCCGGUACCUGAACAGGUUGAAAAGCCCGACAAACUCGUCAAAGAGUUUGAGAAGUUUCAGGCAUAG